UGAAGGAUGAUUCAACCUUCACUUCAACUCAUCAGGUUUCUAUACUCGUCUCGUCUCGUACUAUAUAUUUUAUUCAAUAAAAUGAACAUUACAUAAUUAACAUCUCGUACUUUUUCGUUAAUUUUCGUAUCUCUACAAAGCAAAAAAAAGACUGCUUAUCGCGUCAUAAACUAAUUGCUCAUAUGUCUGCUGCAUUUUUUUAAACUUUUAAUCGUGGUAGGCUAUUAUUUAAAGAUAAAUAAUAAGCAGAAAACUACCUCGCCAGUCGUUGGACGCGUGCAUGCUGCUUCGGUGCUUUGACCUUGUGCGUGAAUGAUUUGCCAAAUUAGUCAACCCAUCUUGACCACCUCGUCGUAAACUCAAGGACAAUAUGGUGAAGAUCUUGGAGGAAAAUAGAGCCGGGUCAGCAGGCGAGUCGUCUGGACUUUAUCACAGUUCUGAGACAGGAGAUAACAAUGUCGUUGUCGCAAGAUCGUCCCGACCUUUCGUCUCUCCUUCUCCCCCCGAGGGGGAUGGUGGAUCGAGCGGAUAUCUCAAGGGGUCCGAGUCGCCAGACCAGCAAGAUUACAAUAAUUCCGGCUAUACCAAUAACAAUGACGACCAGCAGGACACGUACUUUACGGAUGAAAUCAUUCACAUUCCUGAUCAGGAUUCCCCCGCCUUCAGUUUUAGAAAAUUAUGGGCUUUCACGGGGCCAGGGUUUCUUAUGAGCAUUGCAUAUCUAGAUCCAGGAAAUAUUGAGUCUGAUCUUCAGUCUGGGUCGGCAGCUCAGUAUAAGAUUUUAUGGGUGCUCAUGUGGGCAACGAUACUCGGACUUUUGAUGCAAAGGUUAGCGGCCCGGUUGGGUGUAGUGAGUGGGAUGCACUUGGCCGAAGUGUGCAACCGAAAGUAUCCUGUCGUUCCAAGAGUGAUUCUGUGGAUCAUGGUGGAAAUCGCCAUCAUUGGAAGUGAUAUGCAAGAAGUUAUUGGAACCGCGAUCGCGUUUUACCUACUCUCAAACAAAGCGAUUCCUUUAUGGGGCGGAGUUUUAAUUACAAUCGUGGAUACUUUCACUUUCCUUUUCUUGGACAAGUAUGGACUUCGAAAGCUGGAGGCGUUCUUUGCCAUUCUUAUUGCUACAAUGGCUCUGUCCUUUGGCUAUGAGUACAUAAAAGUUGCCCCAGACCAGGGCGAGGUGCUUAAAGGGAUGCUGAUUCCGUGGUGCUCAGGUUGUGACAGGAAAGUUCUUUUGCAAGCUGUUGGUGUGGUUGGUGCCGUGAUUAUGCCCCACAAUCUAUACUUGCACUCUGCUCUAGUCAAGUCCAGAGAAAUUGACAGAACCAAAAAAGUCCAAGUUAAGGAGGCCAACCGAUACUUUUUCAUUGAGGCGUCAAUUGCCUUAUUCGUCUCCUUCCUUAUCAACCUUUUCGUUGUGGCCGUGUUUGCGCAUGGAAUGUGGGGAGAUCACAACACGAAGAGAACAAACCAGGAUAUUUUGGAAGAAUGCUUGAUAAAUAAUAAUACCCAUGCUAGCGUAUUUCCGAAUAACACUAAAGAGUUCCAACCAGACAUUUACAAAGGUGGCGUGUUUCUUGGGUGUGAAUACGGCGAAGCGGCAAUGUACAUUUGGGCAAUUGGAAUUUUGGCUGCUGGUCAAUCGAGUACUAUGACGGGAACUUAUGCUGGUCAGUUCGUGAUGGAGGGGUUUCUGGACCUACGUUGGUCAAGAUGGAAGCGAGUUUUGCUCACUCGUACAGUUGCAAUUUUGCCCACCUUUUUGGUCGCCAAAUUUCAAGAUAUUGAAGAUUUGUCCGGUAUGAACGACAUGCUCAACGCACUUAUGAGUCUUCAACUGCCAUUCGCAGUUCUUCCAGUGAUAUCCAUGACUAGUUCUAGAAACAUUAUGGGAGAUUUCCGAAAUGGAACAGUAACAAAGAUUGUUUCAGUCUGUGUGGCAGCAAUCAUCAUAGGCAUCAAUAUCUACUUUGUCGGAUAUUAUGUCACAACGGCAUUUCCUCCGUAUUGGUUCGUUUACUUUGGCGUCAUCGUAUUUGGUGUGCUCUAUCUCACCUUCAUCACGUACCUCCUCUUACACAUGUUUGUCUCGAUGGGGUUUACGGGACUUUCCAGAUUUGAGUUUGCCAGAAACAUUGAAAGAGAAAUGGAACCAAAGAUCUUGCAAAAUUCCGGAGGGACAGGAAAUUACGGGUAUGAAGAAGAAGAAGAGGAAAAUAAUGAUGACGGUGGUGUUAACGCUCUCAAUAAUGAUAAUGAGGAGACGCAUGACAAUAAGGCUUCGUCCAGCAGUCAAAACGCUUGAAAAGAGAAUAUAUUAUAAUCACACAUUUAUACCAUUAAUUUUCAAGCAUUGUUUAAUCUUUUGUUUGUUUUUAACUUUUUGGGUUGUUUUAGGUCGAUUCGACAUUGUUGCUAAUUAAUCAAUUGGCCUCGCUUCUCACGAACCCGCACACCCACCGCAAUCACCCCAUUUGCUUUUAUCAGCAGAAACCACCACACGCAGCUUUUUAGUCGCUCAUCUUCUUCCCAACGCUCAAUUAUUUAUCUAGUCGCAAUUAGCACGCAGUUAAUUUAGUUUUUAGGUAGAAAUUUUAUUCGCAUUUUAUUCCCUUCCUUUUUGUCAUUUUUUGUCUUUUUGUCACAUUAUGCUACAGAAGCUUUUAUUUGUAAUGCAGCCGCUAUCGAUUUAACUAAUAAAUCUAAACACGAAAUAUUUACUUGUCGAGGAAGUCUAUUUUGUGAUAAAUCUCUAGCAUAGCAUACCGCUAUGAAACUUUGAAUUUUACUUCUUCGCGAAUACAAUAAAGAUAAUAAUAUCGA